GAAUAUUCCGAUGACCGGAGAAUUCGAACUCGAAAACCGUUACAAGAUCUGCGACGAGAUCGGCCGAGGAAGAUUCGGAACAAUCACUCGCUGCUUCUCCCCCGCGACUAAACAAUUCUACGCGUGCAAAACGAUCGACAAGCGCGUGCUCGUCGACGCACUCGACCGCGAGUGUAUCACGACGGAGCCUCGGAUCAUGGCGAUGCUUCCGCCGCAUCCGAACAUCGUCAGGAUCUACGACCUCUUCGAAACGGAGGAAACUCUCGCGAUCGUCAUGGAGCUCGUGGAUCCUCCGAUGACGAUCUACGAUCGGAUGAUCUCCGUCGUCGGAGGGAGGCUAACCGAAUCGGAAUCCGCAUCGUACGCGAGGAAGAUCCUCCGCGCGCUCGUUCACUGUCACCGUCGCGGCGUGGUUCACCGCGACGUGAAGCCUGACAACGUUUUAAUCGAUCUUAACUCCGGCGGAGUUAAGCUCUGCGAUUUCGGAUCGGCGGUGUGGCUAGGCGGAGAGAAAACGGAGGGAGUUGUAGGGACGCCGUAUUAUUUAGCGCCGGAGGUUGUUAUGGGGAGGAGGUAUGAGGAGAAGGUGGAUGUGUGGAGCGCGGGAGUUUUGAUAUAUACUAUGUUGGCGGGAGAGCCGCCGUUUAAUGGAGAGAGUGCGGAGGAGAUAUUCGAGACGAUAUUGAGAGGGAAUCUUAGGUUUCCGCGGAAGGUGUUUGAAUCGGUAUCGGGAGAUGCUAAGGAUCUUUUGAGGAGAAUGAUUUGUCGCGAUGUUUCCCGGAGAUUUUCAGCGGAAGAUGCUCUUCGUCAUGCAUGGUUCAUGAACGUUGGAAACUUACAAAGCAAUUAACUGAGACUCUCUAUCUGGUUUCGAAGUUUUAGAGUUAAAAGAGUGGUGAUAUCGAUGUAUAUGAUGCUCCAUUCGAGUAGGUCAAACGUACGUAAUAAUCCUACGGUUUGAGUUUCG